AUGCCCACACGCUACAUCUGGGCCGUCCGCGGCGGAAGCUCCAAGAUCUCAAGCGGAGAGAAGCACUCACUCCGCAUGACGGCAGUCCUCACGAUCAUGUACAUGUACGAAGAGUCCCUUCCCCCGAAUGUGACGUAUGUGUGUCAGCCACUCGACGUCGGCGUGAUGGCGCUGUUCAAGCGCAACCUUCGGAAGCUGUGGCACUUUGUGAAGAAAUCAUCGUCGGGGAUGACGAAGAUCCGUUUUCUCUCACUGCACGCGACAAGCGCAUGGCUCUAG